CUUUCUGCACAACUAAUGAAUGUCAUUAAUAGCUGCUCUAUUUAUCAGAGCAAAGAGAAAUUGAAAAGAAAAAACACAUCAAGUGAGGAGAUGACUGUUUUGGCCACUUUUGGAUAUGGCUUUAUAGCCUUCGGUCCCGUCGCUGCCCUGUUCCUAGUCACCGUUGCUAGACAAGCUCAUGAGAUCAUCAUUGUCAUGUCCAGUGCUUUCUUCUGGCUCACGUCUCUGCUGCUCUCCUCAAUAAUCUGGUCUAUAGUGCCCCCUCUGUAUGAUACACCAGCAUUCACUCUCCCCUUCUCUGUACUACUACAAGAGUUCUUCCGCUGGGCCUUCUACCGUCUUAUUCGGAGGGUGGACCGGUUACUGGAGGUUCUGAGUGAGGACAAGUCUCAGCGGAGGAAGCACAAAGUAGCCUAUGUGAGUGGGAUGGGCUUUGGACUGAUCUCCGGAGUGGUGGCCUUUGCCAAUAUCCUACAGUCCAGUGGAGGGCCGGGGGUUGUGGGUGUGGUCAACAGGGGAUCACAGUACUUUGUUCUCUCGUCAGCAUUUGGAGCUAACAUCAUGAUCAUACUCCACGUGUGCUGGGGGGUGGUCUACUUUGAUGGCUGGGAGAUGCUGCAUCGCGAUGGACUCACCAACCUCACUAAGGGCACACUGCACGGCUACUUCAACGUCCUUCUGGUCAUAGCCUCUCAUAUGGCCAUCUCCCUACUAUCAUUGCUCAACCAGUCCCUACCCCCCACCUAUUUUCUAGUGGCCUCGUACGCUAUGGCCCUGUUUCUGAUUGGUUACUCCCUGCAUCUGGCCGGAGCAAGAAUCGGAACACUCAAGCACUUUGUAGCUCUAUCUAACUCUUGUGAUAAACAAAUGUAGUAUUAUAAUAUAAUUAUCGCGUGUGUGUGUGUUAAUGAAACAUUAUAUAAUGCACUAUAAACUUCUCUUUUUGACGUUGGA